GGUGGAACGGGAAAGUUCGAACAAGAAGCUGGCAAAUAGGAACCUGAGUUCAGCUUCGCACCUCAGACAGGUGGGAAUGGAAAGUUUCAGUUAGACUGUGGUAAAGCUAAUAAGGCUGCAGGUCACUGUAUUCUGUUAUAACGUUAAACCACUAAAAUCCAGUAACUUAUAGUUCUGAAGUUACAUUUUAUGUGAACGUAAAUAUGUGAAGCAGCUAUUUAUCUUAAGCUAAAUGCAAAUCAGUAAUUUUAUACUUAAAUCUUUCAAUUGUCAGAUAGCCUGCUGAAAGGGAAAUUCCACCAACUUUUAAAAAUUUCUGCAUAAUUAAGUCCUUGAAAUGUAUUCAGAAUGGUUUGUUGUGAAAUGGUUCAAACUCAGAUUUCUUUACAGUGGUGGUGAUGGGAACCAGGGAUCGCAGUGUCUGCAACACAAAUAGAGGCAUUUUAUGUACUAACCAAAACCACCAUGUCUCUACUGAGUUUUUGUAUGUAAUGCUGAUGAUAGUAAAAUAGUGAUAAAUCUGAAAAAAAAAAUGUUUCCUUUGGGGACUAUUUUGCCUAACAACACCCUGCAUGUACCCUUCCACCAUGAAAGGAUUAAAAUAAAUGGAUUAAAAUACAUUUUAAGCCAAAACCUUAUCACAAACCUGUCAUAAAACAAUAUGUCGGACAUUAGGCUGCAUAUAUCUAAUGAUUUCAUGUAAUAAUGUUUUUGUGAGAGAGCUUUCAGAGGCAUUAAACUCAGACAUCUGGUUCCUAAGCUCUUAGGUUUAUUGAAAACAGCUGGGGUCAGUUAUGAAAGUGAAAGAUGAAUCAGCCUAAUUUGCAUUAUGUUAUAUCUACUGGGCAGGUUUUUUGCACAUGGAUUACACAUCAUCUUGAAUUUGACUGCAGUGCCAGUGGGGCUGUCUAAUCUUAGGCCUGAUCUGGCUUGUGAAGUUGACUCAAGUAUGCUGGGCAAGACUAGGAGUGACUUUAUCUUCAGUUGAACAGAUGACAGGUCCUUGCAAAUGGGUGUGAGCCGGCUUGAUGUUCUUUACAGAAAGCUCCUCCUCACCAAACUCUUCAUCCAAGGAUGGGGAAAGCCAGAGGACCUAAAACGAAUAUUUGAGUUCCGGAAGAUCAUUGGAGACAGAGACAAGUGUAAGCAUUUGGUACCACGGGACUAUCCAGUUUUUAUUGAUAAGGUGGAAGAUCACUCAGACUGUAAAAUUCACAAUGGCCAUUUCAUAUCUCCCCUGGAACACUUUGUUCCAGGCAUUUUGCCAACAGAGUCCGUCAAAGCCAGGUUUCAGUUUAUAAUACCCAAAAAAUGGAGAAAGCACAGACCAGUCUGCAUCCAUUUGGCUGGAACAGGAGACCAUUUUUUCUGGAGGAGGCGAACUCUCAUGGCCAGACCCAUGAUCAAAGAGACAGGAAUGGCUUCCCUGCUGCUUGAAAAUCCAUAUUAUGGAUACCGGAAACCUAAAGAUCAAGUGCGUUCCAGUUUGAAGAACGUUUCAGACCUGUUCGUGAUGGGCGGAGCUCUGAUACUGGAGUCGGCCGCUCUGCUUCACUGGCUGGAACGUGAGGGCUACUGGCCGCUCGGCAUGACCGGCAUCUCAAUGGGAGGCCAUAUGGCAUCGUUAGCUGUGACAAACUGGCCCAAGCCUAUUCCUCUAAUCCCUUGUCUCUCAUGGACUACAGCUUCAAAUGUUUUUACCACGGGAGUUUUAAGUAAAGCUGUAAACUGGAGAGAACUAGAGAAGCAAUACGCUACACACACCGUCUACGAGGAGGAGAUUAUCCACCUGCUGGAGUAUUGCGGGACAGAUUCAUUCCGGAUGGGACAGGACUUUGUGCGGGACUCCCCGGGCAGCUUUGAUAAACUUUUAGACCUGGCCUUUUCGUCCAGCCUGCUGGGUCUGAGCAGUGAGCAGAACGAACGGGUGGGACUACGCAGGGAGGCCGCAGGAGGCGGAGUGGGGGCCAGCGGGAGAGGUCCAGAUCCCAGCCUGCUGCUGGAACAGAGGGAAGGGGAUGAUCUGGACCGCAUGCUGUCAGCCGUGAGCAGCAGCCGGCCGCACAUGCACAUGCUCCACGCUAAGAACAUCAGCCGUGGAGCAGGUCAGCGACAGUCCCUGCAGAGGGAAUCUCUCUGCUUCAUGAAGGGGGUCAUGGACGAAUGCACACAUAUCGCCAACUUCUCUGUGCCGGUAGAUCCCAGUCUGAUCAUCAUCGUGCAGGCCAAAGAGGACGCGUAUGUCCCUCGCACCGGUGUGCGCAGCCUCCAGGAGAUCUGGCCCGGCUGUGAGGUUCGCUACCUCGGCGGAGGACAUAUCAGCGCCUACCUGUUCAAACAGGCCAUCUUCAGGCAAGCCAUUUACGAUGCCUUUGACCGGUUUCUUCAAAAAUAUCCCAUUUUGUAGCUACGGAUCAUCUGGAACUGACCUUUGGGCGUGACACUGGAAUGAAGAGCACUGGAUGUAACAACACACUAGAAUUACCGAAGGACCCCGUAACUGAAAGCUAGCCAUGUGGUGCUACUUAAGACUGACAGUGGGUGUAGUAUUUACAGAAAAAUAGAAUAUAUUGUUUAUAGAAAUUUAUAAAUUGUGUCCUUACCAACACGCAUUGUUUAAAACGCCAACCAACGAAUCGACCUCUUCCAUCUUACACACCCUCGCUGCCUUUUACCACGUCCAUCAUCACAAACAUAUUUCAUUCACAAUAAGGGACAGUAAUGUUUCUGAAUGUGACGGUUUUUAUGUUUUCAGCCUUCUUUCUCGUUCAUGUGCUUUCACUGUAACUGUAUCACUGUAUCACAGAUCACUGCCAAACCUGAGAUAACAUAGAGGAUACUGUGUCAUAGUAUUUGAAAUUGAAAUGUAUUAAUAGCAAUGGUACUUUUUCCACUCUAAACUUUAUCCUCCUCAAAACGUCCACUUCCUUGGCCUACUUUAUAAGCCCUUCAUGACUCUAAAUAAAAAGGACAAUUUUGAGACAA